AUGGCAAUCUCAGCAGCAAAAUGGACUCACAUGCCAAAAGACGCGCAUCGCUUAUCAUCUAACUUGAUCACAGAUCCGGGCCGGAGUCAGCUGCCGGUAUUAAUGGUAGUACAUGGCGACGACUAUGGCUGGAAUAGUGGCAAUCCAUAUAAUGGGACAGUGCUCGCAUCCUACGGGCAAAUUAUCGUCAUCACACUGAACUAUCGCCUCGGAGUUUUCGGAUUUCUUGGACGCUGUGAAGCGUCCAGUUGUUCCGGCAACUCCGGCCUGUCGGAUCUGGUUGCAGCUCUGAAAAUGCUUAGCAAUAUUUUGCCGGCAUUCGGUGGCGAUCCAACGCUGAUUACGUUGCUUGGUUGGGGUUCAGGUGCCUCCCUGUGCAUUGAGCUGAUGGAUGAAAAAAAGCGAUUGUCCCGAAGCCAGAAAAGUGUGGAUAACAUUGUACGCUGUAUGCAGGAUCAUUCGCCGCAGAAUAUCACUCGAGCUGCUCGUAAAAUUGCAACACCGACUUUCCUGUCCGUUUUCGCACCGAUUGUCGACGGACAAGUAGUACCAAACAAACCGGAUGCCUUGUUUGGCUCACAGUACGGGUCACUCUUUCGCGAUGUUGAUUUGUUGGUUGGUGUAACAAACAAUCCAGCCCAUCACCUUCUUCCAAAUGACGAUAUCCGACUGGGCAUCGACAAAGAAAAGCGUGAAAGGAUUUACCGGACACUUGUCAGAAAUUUGUAUGACUUUCAUCGCAAGGAAAUUUUAGCUGCCAUAACAAACGAAUACACCGACUGGGAAAAUCCAAAGGAUCAUCCAAAGACGAUACGUAACGGUGUACUUGCUGCGCUUAGCGAUGUACUCUUUGUUGCACCUCUUAUUGAAACAGCCCGGCUACAUUCCACCGACGACAGCAAGCGUGCGUCAACCACAUUCAUGUUUUUGUUUGCGCAUGAAUCGAAACGCACGUCGGAAGAAUUUAUCGAAAGUGGCAUUCGCGGCUCUAUUUCAGGCGAUCACAUACCGUACAUUUUAGGAUAUCCACUUAAGAAAGAGGAUGAGCUCUAUUCCGGCUUCACACCUGAAGAUCAGAUGAUCUCUCGUGUCAUGAUGCAUUAUAUUUCAAAUUUUGUCAAAUCCGGGUAUGUUUGCCAGUCCUAG